AUGUCCUCCACCCAACCUGCAACCAGGAGACAGCCCCACCUGCAGAGAGAGAGAAAGAUCUGCGCUGUAACAUGGACAGAUGUGCUGAGGACAGGACAUCGUUCAUGUGUCGGUGCCUGCAGUUUUAAUGUACAAGCUGCUGAGGAGCUGUGGAAGUCGGGGGAGUGUUUAAUGGUGGGACACAAAAAGGGAGAGAAAGUGCAGCAGAUACAGAAAAAUGUGGGUGAGAAGAUCAGAGAAAGAAAAAGAGAUGAGAGGAUGAGGGGGAGCAGAAAAAAACAACCAACAGGGAGGCAAGGCCGGCAGAUAAAAGAGGAGAAAGGCGGCGCUGCCCUGGGAGAGAGGGAGGACACGAGACGAAGAGGAGUUUAG